AUGGGCCUGGCGAGGGCCCUGCGCCGCCUGAGCGGCGCCCUGGAGCCAGGGGACAGCCGGCCGGGAGACGAGGAGGAGGCCGGGCCCGGGCUGUGCCGCAACGGGUGGGCACCAGCGCAGGGCCCAAGCGCAAGGCGGCGCGGGCGCUUCGUGAAGAAGGACGGGCACUGCAACGUGCGCUUCGUCAACCUGGGUGGCCAGGGCGCACGCUACCUCAGCGACCUGUUCACCACGUGUGUGGACGUGCGCUGGCGCUGGAUGUGCCUGCUCUUCUCCUGCUCCUUCCUGGCCUCGUGGCUGCUCUUCGGCCUGGCCUUCUGGCUCAUCGCCUCACUGCACGGCGACCUGGCUGCGCCGCCGCCGCCCGCGCCCUGCUUCUCCCACGUGGCCAGCUUCCUGGCCGCUUUCCUUUUCGCUCUCGAGACGCAGACGUCCAUCGGCUACGGCGUGCGCAGCGUCACCGAGGAGUGUCCGGCCGCCGUGGCCGCCGUAGUGUUGCAGUGCAUCGCGGGCUGUGUGCUGGACGCCUUUGUCGUGGGGGCCGUCAUGGCCAAGAUGGCCAAGCCCAAGAAGCGCAACGAGACGCUGGUCUUCAGCGAGAACGCCGUGGUGGCGCUGCGCGACCGCCGCCUCUGCCUCAUGUGGCGCGUGGGCAACCUGCGGCGCAGCCACCUGGUGGAGGCCCACGUGCGGGCCCAGCUGCUACAGCCCCGUGUGACCCCAGAAGGCGAGUACAUCCCACUGGACCACCAGGAUGUGGACGUGGGCUUCGAUGGGGGCACCGAUCGCAUCUUCCUCGUGUCCCCCAUCACCAUCGUACACGAGAUCGACUCGGCCAGUCCUCUGUAUGAGCUGGGACGUGCUGAACUGGCCCAGGCUGACUUUGAACUGGUGGUCAUCCUUGAAGGCAUGGUUGAGGCCACAGCCAUGACCACACAGUGUCGCUCAUCAUACCUCCCUGGGGAGCUGCUUUGGGGCCACCGUUUUGAGCCGGUCCUCUUCCAACAUGGCUCCCAGUAUGAGGUGGACUAUCGCCACUUCCAUCGUACCUAUGAGGUCCCAGGGACACCUGUCUGCAGCGCCAAGGAGCUGGAUGAACGGGCAGAACGUGAUGCCCACAGCCCCAAGUCCAGCUUCCCUGGCUCGCUGGCCGCAUUUUGUUAUGAGAAUGAGCUUGCUCUUAGCUGCUGCCAGGAGGAAGAUGAGGAAGAGGAGACCAAAGAGGAAAUUGGAGUAGAGACAGAAGACGGAGCUGCCAGCCCCCGAGUUCUUACACCAACCCUGGCUCUGUCCCUUCUCCCAUGACACAAACUGAUGUCCCCAUCCCUACUUGUGCCCCCUUCCCAGAGGUAGCAGAAUGGAGAAAUCAGCCCUCUGCUGGGACGGGGGCAGGUGUUUCCCAAGACCAACAAGUCUACUGGGUAAAUCUGCCAGGCCUGGUGGGCCCACCAUGGACAUACUGGACCUUAAUUUCUCAGCUUCUGUGCUUCUUCCUGACACCGCUUUAUGAGCCCAAUUCUGGAGUCUUAGCAGAGCUAAAGGAUCCAGAAUUGAAUACCACCAGAGAAGCAAGGGCUGGUGGUUCUAGAUUCCUCCACAUGGUGGGGCCUGAUUGUUGAGCAGGGUCAGAAAUCAGUGAUACAGAGAGCCGUGGUGGAGGAAGUCAGCAGUUCCUGGACAGCCACAGAGAUAAGUCUGCAGGUCUAGGCUGACCUCAGAUUCAGGGGACUUCUUGGAUGAGACAUUUGAGGGGCAAAUAAUUUGUUCAAGACCUGGAGAGAAGGUUGUAGAACAUUCUCAGUAUUCAAGACCACUUUGAUUGGCCAAAAACAAAGAGUUGUGACUGCAUGUCAAAAAAAAACCUCAUUGUUCUAGAAAAGCCCAAAAGUUGAGAUUCUGUGAGUCAAGGUGGACCACAUAGGCAAAUACUGGUGAUUCCAGAACAAGUUGACCUAGGGAGCCGAACGACUCCGGAAACUGCGGAGUGAUACUUCUAGAACGCACAAAGCAGGAAGGCCUGGGUUUAGAAAGACAAAAGAGACAGAUUGGGAGUUCUUGAAAUGAAAGAACUCCUACCAUUGGCCGUAGAACAUCUGGCCAAGAGGAUAAACGCAGCCUCUGAACCAUCCACAGUGUGGUUUUCGUUUCUGUUGGAAGUGCCAUUCUAGAACAUGCAAAAGAAUCAGGAUUCUGGGCUCUAAACUGAUCACGGUGUCAAGGGCAGCGUGGUGAUUCUAGAGGACUCUGAGCUGCUGGCUCUGGUUUGCCUGACGAAGUUGAGAAUCUUGAUGAUCCUCUAUGACUUGUGGUUCUGUAAUGCCAAAGGGAAUCACAGCUCCAGGGAUCCAGAGUUGUCUUAUUCCUGAAGCCUAGAAGUUCUGAUCACCUCCAGAUGGACUGCUUGACAAUUCUAGGAAGGGAACACAGAACUUGAUGUGUAGCAUUUCUGGGCUGGCCUGACAUGUGAGGGCUAAGGUGAGACCUUGUAGGUCACGGGGCUCAUUAGGGUGCAAGGGAAGGGGGAGGCCCAAAACAGGGAGCCUAGAAUGUUCUGGAGUACUACACCUAGUGAUGUGUGUCUGUUUCUUUAAAGUAUUAUACAUAUGUGUAUCAUAUAUGCAUAUAAUAUAUAUAUAUAUAUAUACAGAUAUCUAUUUUUUCCUCUGAUUACUACAGCAAGAUUAGACAUGGAACUGAAGAUAAUUGGGAUGGAGUCCUUUUCAGAUAUACUGGAAUCUUUGCUCUAUACCCUAACUGUCCCAACUUUUUGUAUGAUUUUGGGCAACUCACUCCCCUGUUUGCCUCAGUUGCCCUGUCUGUGAAAAUGGGCUUUGGGACUUGGAAGUUCUCCAAGGGCACUUGCAGCAAGAUGAGUGCUGGCCUCAUGGAGGGUGGGGUGGGGUGCAGGUCCUGGGCAUUU